AAAUUCUCAAGAGCUAAGCAGUGGUUUGCCGAGUGGACAUCGUAAUAUGCACGCUAUAGAUAUAGGAAGUACCUGCAUUUUGUGUUUUUGCCUCACUGCAGAAGUACUAACAAAAUACAAGUUUUCCCCAUGCAUGGCUGUUGGCAGAGACAACUGAUACCCUGAUCUGUAUAAAAUGUCUUGUGAAAGCAAGCAUUGAGCAGAUACAUGGAAGGUAAUUUGCAUUUCACAGCUGAAGUUUGCAAUUCAUAAAUGAAGAAAUAUGGAAUGCAUUGUUUCCCUGUUUGGAUGUUUACUGCUCAGUUGCUUGAUCCAAUUUAUCCAGGUGGUGAAAAGUGAUAAUAACAAACAUAUAGCCUGCACCUAUGUCUGCAGAUUAUGGCUUGUAUUUUCCUGUUCCUGAGAUGACCAAGCAAGUCUCUUUGAGUGUCUUCACCUCAGCCCAGCUAACUUGGUCCAAGUCAGUUUUGUUUGCCCUAGCAUAAAUUCAGUUGUGACAUCACAAAGGUUACCUCUUUGUUUCAUGGCAAUGACUGAACUUGGGAGAGGAAGGGGCAGGAGGAGGUACAGAAAAUAAAUCAUGAACACAGGUGGGAAACUAUCAGUCAGAUCUGGAAAGGUGCUCAGGGAGCUGAAUACUAGCCUUAAGACUUGAACUGGUUAGACCAUAGUUUAGACGCAAGAACUUGGAUCCUGACAACUUGAAUACAGAGGCAAAGAAAGAACUAUUGCUUUUGGAUGUAAAAAAAGGCAACUUUUAGCUAUUUGCUUCAAAGGCUAUCCUGUGGGAAUUACAAGGCAUUUCAUUUAGCUAGCAAAUUCAUUCAUCUACGUUUUGUUCUGCACUCAGAAGAGUUGUCAAGAAGUGUUUCCUCAAUGGAGGAUGACAGUGACCUUGAGCAGAGCUUCUGGGCUAAUUUACCUGAUGUCUGUCUGAGGCAUGUCUUCCAUUGGUUAGCUGACAAGGACAGAUCUCAAGCUGCAUUGGUCUGUAAAAAAUGGAAUCAAGCCAUGUACUCAGGAUCCCUCUGGAGAACCAGAACCAUCACAUUCAAUGGCCAACCAUCAAGGGCACAUGCAUUUGAAUUUGAAACUGCACUGUGGUACGUCAAGAAAUUUGGCAAGUAUUUGGAACACCUUGAAAUCAAGCUAUUGCAUCCUUACAGUACUGUCUUUACCCGAAAAUUUCAAGUGUCUAUGAGAAGCCUUUUCUCACACCUGGGUAAAUGUAACUGUCGCCUGGUAUCCUUGAGCAUCAAGCACCUGGAAUUAGAUCGCUUGGUCUGGAAAAACAUAGUCAGGGCUCAGUUUAUCAAGAACUUAGGUACCUUUCUGAAAAGAAUGAGCAAACAGCUUAAUUAUCUCAACUUAAAAGGAGCAAGAGUAACCUUGGAAGAAGGCUGUGAGCUUCUGAAUUCUCUGAGCUGCCUGACUAAUAAAAGCUUUAUAUCUGAAAUAAAUAUUGAGGAUUUCUUCAGUCUCCAUCUUCCUGUCUACAGCAGCACCUUGUUCCACCAUACUGUGUCCAAGUUCCACAGCCUGACUAUCCUGACUUUCAAUUAUAACUGUGUCUCUGAUGAACUGCUGGACAAUCUGUGUAAGAACAGUGCUCAUUGCCUGUGCACGUUGAAUAUCAAAUGUCAUAUCCAUGACCCCCAUGGGCAAGUGGUCUGGGGAAUGUCAUGGGCCAACUUGGCCAAAAGAGCCCCAAAAUUGAAUGUGAACUUCUACUUUGAAAGAGUCAUGAAGCAUGACCAUCUAGCAAGGAUUCUGCUAGUGGAGAUACCAGUCAGGAGCAUCAGUUUACGGAGCUGCUAUUUCAGAGACCCAGACUGGAUGAUGAGACCUACUCUCACCAACAUCCUUCCAGCCUACUGGCACGUGCUGCAGAAAUUAACCCUUGAAGUAAACAAUUACAAUGAGCUGCUGGAUGAUGAGCUGCUACAGCUCAUCUUAUCAUGCAGGAGAUUGUUUUUUCUGAAAGUCUGGGCAUUUCUUAGUGUCACUUUUGUGGAGAGGUUGCUACAUAAUCGUGCAGAAAGGAAAUGCUUUUUGACUACAAUAAAGGUCAGGAUUUACACAUCCCGACAGGAGACCAGGGAAGAGGAGCAACUGUUGCACAAUAUUUACAAGAAGUUCAAAAAUCUGAUUGACUCAGAGCUUAACUAUUUUGUCAUCACCUAUCCACUGGAGUAAAGCCACAAGGAGUUACGUCUGCAAAUGAUGAACAAAUCCUUUCGAGAUCUUGAAUCUUGUCAGCAUGCCUCUGAAAGGGAGAUACCAUCGUAUGCAAAGGACAAUUUUACUAUGCUCUGGAUUAAAGUGUUGGAUUUGGGAAUCAGC